GAUUCCGGCGAGCAAAAAUGCAAAAUCAACAGAAACAUUUCGACGAAGACCUAUCCGGAAUUCCGGAUCCCAAUUCCGCUCUUUAAAACCCUGCACUACUGUACUGUUAUCCCAGGAAGUAAUCACAGGAGUAAAGCUUCCGUUUCAGUCCACCAUCCUGUACUCCUUCCAUCAUCUUCCCUACGCAGCGAAAAAGCGAACAACCCCAGGGGAGUAGUAACUGGUGCUCCGCCACCACCAAAGCCACCGCAGCAGUUAUCAGUAAGAAAAGCUGCGGCGUUCACAAGUCACAUCAUGGAAGACAACAAUAGCCGCUGCAGCCUCAUCCUCUUCAUGUCUCUUCUCCUCCUCCUCCUUCUCCCGUUCGCCUCCGCAGAGAUCAAGAACCUCAAGAUCACGGCCGAUUCCCGAGCCAUGAUCCUCUUCGAGAAAUUCGGUUUCACUCACACCGGUAAUGUCUUGAUCAGCGUCACCGAAGUCACCUACUCCUCGUCUGUCUCGCAACCGGAUCCCUCGCGUUUUGGAUUUUUCCUCCUCUCUGAUGAAGCCCUUAUUCGGGUCCUCUUGGAAGCCGAAGAGAACCCUAAUUUCUGCGUUCUCGACAGCCACUACAUCAAGCUUCUCUUCACCUUCAAGGAUUUGUUACCCCAGCAGAGCUUCAACCAUUCAUACCCUGUCACCGCCCCCAAUGAAUACAGCCUCUACUUCGCCAAUUGCGCUCCCGAGAGUCAGGUCACCAUGUCCGUCCGCACCGAGAUCUACAACACCGACAAUGGCGUCAAGGACUACCUGCCUGCCGGGCAGACUCAGCUGCCCAUGCUUUAUUUUCUCUUCUCCCUCGCUUAUUUUGUUUUCUUAGGGUUAUGGAUCCACGUCAGCUAUACCAACAAGCACUCCGUUCACCGGAUCCAUCUCCUCAUGGCGGGUCUUCUGCUUUCCAAAGCUUUGAAUCUGAUCUGCGCCGCCGAGGACAAGCAUUAUGUUAAGGUCACUGGGACUCCUCACGGUUGGGAUGUUCUCUUCUAUAUAUUCCAGUUCCUGAGGGUUGUCUUGCUCUUCACUGUCAUCGUCCUGAUCGGGACGGGUUGGUCUUUCCUGAAGCCUUUCUUGCAAGAGAAAGAGAAGAAAGUUCUAAUGAUCGUGAUCCCGCUCCAGGUUCUAGCCAACUUGGCUUCGGUGGUGAUUGGGGAGACUGGACCUUUCAUUAAGGAUUGGGUCACUUGGAAUCAGGUGUUUUUGUUGGUUGACAUCGUAUGUUGUUUCGCCAUAAUUUUCCCUAUUGUCUGGUCGAUCAGGUCUCUGAGGGAGACAUCCAAGACGGAUGGGAAGGCAGCCAGGAAUUUGGCCAAGUUGACCCUUUUCCGGCAGUUCUACAUUGUUGUGAUUGGUUACUUGUAUUUCACCAGAAUCGUAGUGUUUGCUCUCAGGACCAUUUCUGCUUACAAGUAUCAGUGGGUCAGCAAUGCUGCAGAGGAGACUGCAAGUCUUGCUUUCUACUUGGUGAUAUUUUAUAUGUUUCAGCCGGUCGAGAAGAACGAGUACUUUGUCCUUGAUGAGGAGGAAGAAGAGGCUGCGGAGGCAGCUCUUCGGGAUGAAGAGUUUGAGCUUUGAAAUUGAUAUCAGAGAGGAGUUUGUGUUCCUCGUUAUACCCCAUUCUGCUCUAGAAUUUAUCGUCCUGAAAGUUGGAUUAACAGAUUUACGAUUGAAGAGGAGUAUAUGUUCCUCACUGCGACUUUUCAAAAUCUUGUGUUUUCUGUCCGUUGGAAUUGGAAUUACUGUUUUGUCAUCCUGCCGCCAUCCUAAUCCUGAAGUACCAGUAAGCUUUGUAUUUGAUUUUAGUUGCUCAAAAAUCUCAUUUUAAAGGAGCUGUUUAUUCUAACAAUGUGUUUGGUCCUGUUCUUGUUUCUGGUUGGGAUUUGGUCUUGUGCACAUGUGGUAUAGAAAAGUAGACUUGAGAUACAGGUUUUGUUCA